GCAAUUUACGUGUUCGACGUGAAAUAUCAAGCGUGAUAUCGACGUUGCUGUUGGUAACUAGUUCUGUUCGCGGAGGUACAUUGUGUGGUCGCGAUUCGUCGUUUCCAAAUGUGGCGUAAGUUCAGUUGAGGUUUGAUUGAUGGACUGUAGGCGGAAACUAUACGUUGUAAACUUUGUACGAUGGUCGUAAAGGGCUAGUUUUGAAAGGUUUAUUUUUGUAGUUUACAAGACGACUUUGAUACAGAAAUUAAAUUAAGGAUAGCUCGCGCUUAGUCCGAGUUGUAUGCUUAUUUGAGCUAAUGUUUCCUAGCCUAGCAUAUGCAGGGUAAGUUCGGUAUCAAGUGAAGAGAUCUGCUGGGUUUGAUCUGCUAACUCUUAUUAACACCUACCGCAGACUGCAGUGGUGCUGCUAGCGGGUCGGGGUUUCGGAGAUGUUGGGGGGAAACGGGAAGGCCAGGGGGGCUGGACGCUCAGGUAACGGCACAGGCUUGACCCAUCUACAGGUGGGCAGCACAUCUGGGGCUUUAGGGGCGGUGAACUCCUCCAUAAACCUGCCCGAUGGGGGCAGAUACGACGACAGGGCGUCGGUCGAGGCAGUGCUGAGCGGCUCUGAUGGAGACUCGGACUCCGGGGAUGAUGAAGAGAGUCCCGUGCUGGACAGGAGAGGAGUGAAGCGGGAGAGGAGCGAGAUGGAGGUCGGGGGAUCCUCGGGAGCUAUCGCUGCACUGUCGGCGGGGUAUGGAGGAGUUUCCAGCGGGGUGGCGGGUGCAAAACCCGGCAAGAAAACGCGAGGACGGGUUAAAAUUAAGAUGGAGUUUAUUGACAACAAGCUGAGGAGAUACACGACCUUCAGCAAGAGAAAGACUGGCAUUAUGAAGAAGGCUUACGAACUGUCCACCUUAACGGGGACGCAAGUUCUGCUCUUGGUUGCCAGUGAGACAGGCCACGUCUACACAUUUGCCACGCGGAAACUUCAGCCCAUGAUCACCAGUGAGACGGGUAAAGCCCUCAUCCAGACCUGCCUGAACUCCCCUGACUCUCCACCCCGUACGGACCCUUCAACAGACCAGCGGAUGAGUGCCACGGGAUUCGAGGAGACGGAUCUCACCUACCAGGUCUCAGAGGCCGAUGGUCUCACAGAGCCAAAGGAAAUGAUGAAGACCACGUUCACUUCUGCCACUUUACCUGGAGGCACCAACAGCACGACCACACUGUCCUCGGCGUCCUCCUCUCCUUCCUCCUCCUCGGUGGCCAUGCACACACACACACACACUCACAGCAGCAUGUCCUCGCUGUCCGGCACCACCUGUUGGCCCAUGAGCGCUCAGAGCGUCUCCAGUGCGAACGGCACCGUGCUCAAAAGCUCUCCGGCUGGCGUGAUGCAGCUGCCCGGAGGAUUCACACUCAUGCCAGGCGCUUCUCUCCCGCCUGGCACACACACUAUUCCUCUCAGCCAGCUGCAGACACACUCUCUGGCCAUACAGUGUCCACAGACGCAAAACAGCCACGCCAUGACUAGCACCAGCACCACCUCCUCCUCCGCUGUCCCCGCACACACACAACCCGCUGCUCAGGCCACGCUCUUCCGUCUGCCGGCCACUGUCUCGCUUACAGGUGGUGCGAUGCCUCAACAGCUACAGGCCAUCCAGCUUCACCCCAGUCCUCAAAGCAGUGACAGCAGUCCCGAGAUCAGCCAGACCUCCAGCAGCUCCGCCGUAAGUCACACUGCUACUAUAGUCACAUCCUCAGUGCCUUCUUCAGUGGCGGGUCACAUGAUGUACCCUGGAGCGCACGUCAUGUAUGCUACAUCCACCUCUGGCCUGGCCGACGGGGGUCUCACUGUGCUCAACACCUUCCCACAGUCGCACGCCGCGAUGCACGUGUCCCACACACAGGCCCAAGACUCAGGUGCAGUUCCUCAGAUGUUCCUCACAGGACCUCCAGGAACUGUACAGAUCCCAGUUUCAGCUGUUCCGCUUCAUUCGGUAAUAUAUUAAAACAAUGUUGAUAAACCAGCAGCCCACUGGUAGCAGCGGCGCCACGCUCACGGAGCUGCGGGUGGUCAAUAUGGACAAUCCCAAAGGAGACUGAGCUAUGAGACACGAGGCCAGUGUGACCGCUCACUCACACUGAUAUUCCAGGGAUCACUCAUGCCAUGCAAUCAGACUGCCAUUGUAUUUAUUACUGCCUUGCUGCGAGGGGUUCACACACACCCAUACACACAGGAAUACUGAGGUGUAACGGGACGUUUGAAGGAUGAUUGCGUCUCCUCAUGGACUCAUGUUGGUAGGUAGUGAGAUACUAGAUCAUUUUUGGGUUCACAUUUAUACACAGACACGCAACUUAACUUCAGGAUUUCAUAGAGACGUCUGCACUAUCACUGC